AUGGAUGUAGUGUCCUCGUUGUCUAGCGUUAUCGCGAUCAUUCAGCUAGCGGGGAGCCUCGCGCAGCUUUGUGGGGGCUACAUCCAGAAAGUGAAAGGUGCCCGUGAUGAGAUUCUGACUCUUCAACAAAGUAUUGGAGGCAUCCAAGGCAUUUUCAGUGACCUCGAGAGGUUGCUAAGCCAUGAUCCUCAAAGUCUUCCUAGCUCAUCCCAGCUAGUGAGCAAUAUUGAGGCAUGUCUUUCCGAUCUCCAAGGCUUAGAAGCGAAACUUGAUCCUCAUGGAGGAAAGGGAACCAAGAUGAUGAGAAAAGUGGGAUUGAGAGCUUUGAAAUGGCCUUUAAAGCGUGGAGAAGUGGAAAGCAUCGUCCAAACUCUCGAGAGAUACAAAUCCUCAUUCAUUCUGUCUUUGCAAGUGGAUCAGACUUCGCUGAUCGUCGCCAUGACUCAGAAAAUAGACCUGACUAGUUUGAAGUUGGAAACCGUGACAGAUGCAGUGUUUGACUCUUUCUCCGAUCGAGAUGAAGUUCAUUGUCUUGAAGGCACUCGAGUCAAGUUGCUACGUCAAAUAAAAGAGUGGGCUUUAUCAUCACAAUCAAAGAGCGUGUUUUGGUUGAAUGGGAUGGCCGGAACGGGCAAAUCUACCAUAUCCCGGACUGUAGCGAGAUCAUUCAAAGAUACUCACCUUGGAGCAAGCUUUUUCUUCAAGAGGGGCGAAGGAGAGCGAGGAAGCGCAAGGAAACUUUUUCCAACACUUGCAAAGCAAUUGGCUCUAAUUACUGGACCAAGCUUUAGUGCUGCUCUGCAGGAAGCGCUCAAAACUGACCCCGAGAUCGCUUCAAAAUCACUAAGCGAACAGUUUCAAAAUCUAAUUCUCAAGCCACUGCUCGAGAUCGACCAGCUCGACCACCCAGCCAAAUCCGCAGUCAUUAUCAUUGUGAUCGAUGCCUUGGAUGAGUGUGACCAUGAGAGGGAUGUUCGAACCAUAGUUCAAUUAUUCUCUCUGCUACAGGAUGUUAAAGCUUUUCGCCUUCGAGUGUUUAUAACUAGCAGACCGGAGUUGCCGAUUCGACUUGGUUUCUCUGAUAUCUCAGGGCGUUAUCAAGAUAUAGCGCUUCAUGAGAUCCCUGAAGAGGUCACUGAGCAUGACAUCAGACUAUUCCUUGAAGAUCGGUUCAAAAAGAUCAAAUCCGAUAGAAAGAUCUCUGACGAAAAAUGGCCUAGCGCCGACAUCCUACGGCAUUUGGUUGCGAUGUCUGUUCCAUUGUUCAUCUCGGCUGCGACUGUUUGCCGAUAUGUCGAAAAUACGAGAUGGGAGCCAACGAGACGCUUGAAAGAAUUACUACAAGACCAAGGCCGAUAUGUAUCGAAAAUGGACAAGACGUACCUACCAAUUCUAACACAACUUCUCGAUGAUGAAGAUAGCGAUUUUGAGCAGCAGCAAUUGCUGGAAGAAUUUCAGAAAAUAGUUGGAACUAUCGUUCUCCUCGCCGUUCCAUUCUCCAUCAAAACCCUCUCCAAAUUCCUCGAUAUUAAUCAAGACUCAAUCAGCCACCGGUUGGACUCAUUUCAAUCUGUGCUCAGUGUGCCUAAUGAUCCCAACCAAGAUACCCCUGUGAGGAUUCUUCACUUAUCGUUCCGAGACUUCUUGGUUCAAUCCGAGAGCAAGUAUAGGGUUGACGAACAAAAGAAGCACCGGGAAAUUGCUUCCCGCUGUCUGGAAAUAAUGUGCAGUCACUUGAAGAAGAAUAUGUGCAACUUGAAGCCCGGUACUCAAAGAGAAGAUGUUGAUGCUCGGUCUCUCAGUCAGUGUUUUCCCGCAGAACUGUCAUAUUCCUGCCGCUACUGGGUACAUCAUUUUCAGCUUGGCAGGCCUUCAUCCUCUGAAAGGCUCGGACAAGAAGUUCUGCCUUUCUUGCAGAAACAUUUUCUUCAUUGGGUAGAAGCGAUGAGCCUGCUAGGCUUUGUAUCCGAGGUUCUGGACAUUAUCAGUACACUCAAGAAGUCCUUACCAGCCGAUUACGAUGCGGCUGUCUCUGAUUUCCUCUAUGAUUCAAGUCGAUUCAUCCAAAAAUACGUCCAAAUUGUCAACGCAGCGCCCCUUCAGCUCUAUUAUGCUGGACUCAUAUUUGCCCCUCGGAAAUCAAUAGUUCGUAGAAGGUUCAAAUCGGAGUUUCCAUCUGAAAUUUACCAUCUACCUUCAGUUGAGUACAGAUGGAGCGCGGUUUUACAGACACUUGAGCUGGACGGGUAUCCGCCGUCGGUGGCCUUUUCACCCGAUGGUCAACUACUGGCGUCCUCCUCUACAGAGGGAAACGUAUACAUCACAGAUUUAGCGACAGGCUCUCUGCAGAUCACGAUUGAGGGUCACUCAGCAAUCGUCUCUUCAACAGUUUUCUCGACCGAUGGCCGGUCAUUAGCAUCCGCUUCACACGAUUGUAUAGUGUGUCUAUGGGAUUCUCUAACGGGCAAACUACAGCAAAUGCUCAAGGGCCACACAGACUGGGUUAAUUCAGUGGCUUUCUCACCAGAUGGCCAGCUACUAGCAUCUGCUGCGGACGAUAGGACUGUCCGGCUCUGGAAUCCUCUGACAGGGAAGUUAGAGCGAACUCUUGAGGGCCAUAAAAAACCUGUUACCUCAGUGGCAUUUUCAUCCGACGGUCAGCUACUAGCAUCAGCUUCAGGCGACCGUACAGUGCGUCUAUGGAACCCUCUAACAGGCCAGCUGGAAAAAACGCUCGGCGGCGACAAGAACAGCGAAAAGAACGCAGUGCUUGUUAGCUCAGUGGCUUUUUCACCUGAUGGUCAGCUCCUAGCAUUGGGUUUAAACUCUAGAGUGUGUCUAUGGAGCCCUCUAACAGGCAAGCUUGAAAGAACUCUCUACGGUCAUACAAGACUUGUCACCUCAGUGGCUUUUUCGCCUGAUGGCCAGCUCUUAGCAUCCGCUUCGAUUGAUGGCACAGUGAGGCUAUGGAAUCUUCUCACAGGCAAGCUACAAAAAAAGCUUGAGGACCACACAGGAGCCGUGAAUUCGGUGGCUUUUUCUCCUGAUGGCCAACUAUUAGCAUCCGCUUCAGACGAUUGUACCGUGCUACUUUGGGAUCCCACGGCAGAUAUGCCACAGCAGGGACUCGAUGGUCUUUCAAACUCCGACCAGCAAGUACUAGCGCCUGCCAGUGUGCCAGAGCAAGAACCCAGAAUAUUCGAAAGCUCUGAAGGACAUGUAUCUGAUCUGGGAAUUAAGAUCCCGUCAAAUCCGGUAGGAUCAAUGUGUUUCUCACCCGACAACAGCAUCCUGGUGUCUGCUUCUGUGGAUGAUAAAUACCCUGUCCGGUUUUGGGAUGUUGCGACAGGUUUACCCAAAGAUAUGCCCCCGGAUACGAGAAUCGCCGGAAUUUCUGUCGUUUUUUCAUCUGAUGGCCAAUACUUGAGAGUUGCCAGUCAGAUGAAAAUACAAGUCUGGGAUCUGGUGACGUGUACGCUGAAACCCGAAAUUGAUGGCGAAGAUUAUUCAUGGCUUCAUGUGGAUUGCAUGUCGAUCUCGAGCACUGGCAAGCUACUAGCAUGUAGCUCUUCAAUGAUGAUAUGGGUCUGGGACUUGAGCAAGUGCGUGGUGAAAACAAAGCUUGAAAGCAAUAAUGGUACAACCGAAUUCAAGUCCAUGGCGUUCUCCCACGACGACCAAUUGUUGGUUUCGGGAUCUGACGACGCCGUGAACCUCUUUGAUCUAUCGACUGGUAUGCUACAGAGGACAUGGAAUGUUCAAAGCACAGUGAUUACUCUCAAGUUUUCGCAGGACAACUUAUACCUGCAUACUAAUUUGGGCAGGAUUGACACCCGGAGCCAAUCCCAAAUCCCUACAUUUGUUUCAGAUCACAGCAGUGAGCAUCCAUUGAUAACCAUUGAUCGCUCAAAUUGGGUUUGUUUAAAUGGCGAGAGGAUGCUCUGGCUUUCUGCAGAGGUUCGACCUAGCUGUUGGGCUAUUAACGGGAGUAUGCUUGCACUUGGACAAGCUGAGGGGUGGGUUUCUUUUAUAGGAUUCCGUGGAUAG